AGAAAGUUUUGUUGAGAAUCGUUGUCGCUGCUGUUGGUAAAAGUAAACCAAGAAACUGUUGUGGGGUUAUGGUAAAUGACCUCAAACACAAGCGCGUGGGCGGAGUCAACGUUUUAAAGCCUCUGAUUUGCUCUCCUACAUGUCAUCGAUUGCUUGACCUGACCAACCAAGUCAUUCCAUGGGUAGAGCGGUGAAUAAACCAAUCACGGACCGCAGUUUUAGUUAUUUUAAAUUAGCAUACCUGGUGCAUAAAAUUCCGAGCAUUUCAUUCAUUGAGUACAAUAAGCAUCAUGCCUGAACCAGCAAAGACUGCACCCAAGAAAGGCUCUAAGAAGGCGGUGACCAAAACCGCCGGCAAAGGAGGAAAGAAACGCAAGAGGACCAGGAAGGAGAGCUAUGCAAUCUACGUGUACAAAGUGUUGAAGCAGGUCCAUCCUGACACUGGAAUCUCCUCAAAAGCGAUGGGAAUCAUGAACUCGUUUGUUAACGAUAUCUUCGAACGUAUCGCCGGUGAAGCUUCCCGUCUCGCUCACUACAACAAGCGCUCCACCAUUACAUCGAGAGAGAUCCAGACCGCCGUCCGUCUGCUGCUGCCCGGGGAACUGGCUAAACACGCCGUGUCUGAGGGCACAAAGGCCGUGACUAAGUACACCAGCUCCAAGUAAAGCGCGGAGUCAACUAUGAUCCAAAGGCUCUUUUAAGAGCCA